AUACAGGCCCCGCCCGCGAGGCCUGUCUUUUCCUGCGCUUGCCCAAGAAAAUGGCAAAAAUCAAGGCACGUGAUCUGCGCGGCAAGAAAAAGGAGGAGUUACUGAAACAGUUGGAUGACCUCAAGGUUGAACUCUCCCAGCUCCGUGUGGCAAAAGUAACUGGAGGAGCUGCAUCCAAACUGUCCAAAAUUCGUGUCGUGCGGAAGUCCAUUGCAAGAGUCCUGACUGUCAUCAAUCAGACUCAAAAAGAGAACUUGAGAAAAUUUUACAAGGGCAAAAAGUAUAAGCCUUUGGACCUGCGACCCAAGAAGACCCGUGCCAUGCGUCGUCGACUAAACAAAUAUGAAGAGAGCUUGAAGACCAAGAAACAGCAAAGGAAAGAACGUCUGUACCCCAUGCGCAAAUUUGCUGUAAAAGCAUAAAUGUUCUGUCACAGAAAACAUUAAAUUUAAGAUACGA